CAAAUUUGGAAAAAAGGAGGUAUGUGUCAAGAUUGUUGACAAAUAUUUACAUAUUUCGGAAUAUAUAAGCUUUAAUUAAAAUUUUUAAACUGGCGCAUUACAAGGAUAUAUACGGGGGUAUGGAUGUAGAUCCAUCCCCUAGCUCAUCUAGUUAUUCAACAUCCCUUGUUUUACCUAAAAUAGAUGAAAAUAACACAUUGGAAAUGCGAAAUCCUAAAGAGAGAAUGAUAGAAAUACUGGAUGUGCUAGAAGGGCAAGUAGAAAAAUUAAGAAAAGAAGCUUAUCAAUUGGAGGAAAAUAAAGAUCAACUACUGUCCUCUCUAGAUUCUGUGAGAAAUGCAGACUUAUUACUGGAUGACAAUGAUAGAGAGGAUAUUAACCGCUAUGCAGACAGAAUAAUGAACAGAUGUUUGACUGUGGAAGUGAAAGUACUAACAAAUCGAGAUCAAAUGCAAGAGGAGGCUUUACAUCAAGUAAACCACUUAAUUGAUGGUUUAGUAAUGGGUUUAAAAGUUGACCCAGUUUCGGCAAAACUAAAAUGUGUUUCCUAUAUGAAUGCCUGUUCUUCAAAUGUAGAAAAUGGUGUGACUGACAAAAGAUUUGAAUCUGCUUUAUUAGGUUGUACUUUAGAUGAUCAAAAAAGGGUUAAAAAACGAUUACAGGGUUUGUUGAAUUACUUUGAUAAAUCAAAAAUUACGUCCUUACAGUGAUUUUGGUUAAGUUUUAAGCUAAAAGUAUUAUGUUUAAGAGUACAAAGCAGAAUGCUUUGAUGUUUAAAUUGUUAAUGAAUCAAAAUUUGCUGCUUAAAUAUCAGAUAUUUAACGAUUACUAGAUAAAAUUAUUAAAAUAUACUAAAUGUGAUAAUAAAUGUACCAGUUAAAUGUUAUUCACUUUUAAAAAAUCGUGAUUUGUCACAGAGUGAUUAUUUAUUUUUUAUUCCUUGCCA